AUGCUCACUGCUCAGUCGCUAACUCGCUGGAUGAACGAUGGUUGGAGUUCGUCGGAGAUAACAGUCGUUGAAUGGUUGGAGCUCGUCGGAGAGGAGGCCGGAUCUCGGUGUUUGGUGGAGGAGGAGAGGUCACAGUCGUUUGCGAGGAGGACAGAAUCCGUCUGCAGCAUGUGCAAACAGUCCCGCGAUGGCGAUGAAACCAAAAUUCUGCCAAUUACGACUGUUUCAAUGGUUAAUCUCACGAAGACGACUGAGACGAUUGCCCUCCGCAGGUUGGUUUCUUGGGUACAUAACGAUGACCCUCAUGAUUUUCGGAGUGAGAAACCUAAAGCUGUAGUGCGUGCGAAUAAUUAUGGAGUAUGUCCAACUUCUAUUUGGGCUCUUGCUGCUGGGAACCAAUUUUCUAGUCUUUCGUAUGGAAACCAAGCAGAUCAACUUCUAACCGCUUCAAAAGGAUGGCAGAAUGGUGACUGGAUCUGCACUUGUGGCUUCCACAAAUGCUCUCCUCGUGCUCAGAACAUUGAUAUGAAUUCAUUGGGUAGUUGGGAGGAUGGAGCGAAUGGGUGGUCGGAGACCCUUUCUGAGCCCUCAAUGAGUCAAAAGAAGAUUCACUAG